AUUUGGCUGUUCAUGGAUAAAAAAUAGUUGAAGAAGAAAAUAGUUGUAGUAAAUUUUGCUACUAUUUUUCAUUAGGUAAACAGUGGUCUAAUUACGGUUUAUUAAAUAAUACAAAGUAGAAUGUCUGAAAACGACGAUGACUACAUGUGCGAGGAGGAGGAAGAUUAUGGUUUGGAGUAUUCCGAGGAUAGUAAUUCGGAGCCCGAUGUAGAUCUCGAGAACCAGUACUACAAUAGUAAAGCAUUGAAAGAGGACGAACCCACCGCCGCUUUGCACAGCUUCCAAAAGGUUCUCGAGUUGGAAGGCGGCGACAAGGGAGAAUGGGGCUUCAAAGCUCUCAAGCAAAUGAUAAAAAUUAAUUUUAAAUUGAGUAACUUCACUGAAAUGAUGGUCCGAUACAAACAAUUACUUACAUAUAUAAAAAGUGCUGUAACUAGAAAUCAUUCAGAGAAGUCUAUCAACUCAAUCCUUGAUUAUAUAUCAACUUCUAGAAAUAUGGAAUUACUUCAAGAUUUUUAUGAGACAACUUUAGAAGCAUUGAAAGAUGCCAAAAAUGAUAGGCUGUGGUUCAAAACAAACACCAAACUUGGUAAACUGUAUUACGACAGAGGGGACUUCAAUAAACUAGCCAAGAUAUUGAAACAACUACAUCAGAGUUGCCAGACUGAUGAUGGUGAAGAUGACUUGAAGAAAGGAACACAGUUACUUGAGAUAUAUGCUCUGGAAAUUCAAAUGUACACAGCACAGAAAAACAACAAGAAAUUGAAGGCCCUGUAUGAACAGUCUCUGCAUAUCAAGUCUGCUAUACCACAUCCACUCAUCAUGGGUGUUAUUAGAGAAUGUGGUGGCAAAAUGCACCUGCGUGAGGGUGAGUUUGAAAAGGCGCACACAGACUUCUUUGAGGCUUUCAAGAAUUAUGAUGAGUCCGGUAGCCCAAGAAGAACAACUUGUUUGAAAUAUUUAGUAUUAGCCAAUAUGCUUAUGAGAUCUGGCAUCAACCCAUUUGACUCCCAAGAAGCUAAACCGUAUAAGAAUGAUCCAGAAAUUUUAGCUAUGACAAACCUCGUGAUGGCUUACCAGAAUAAUGAUAUUAAUGACUUUGAAGCGAUAUUAAAACACAAUAGAAACAAUAUCAUGGAUGAUCCAUUUAUUAGAGAACACAUAGAGGAUCUAUUGAGAAAUAUCCGGACUCAAGUACUUAUAAAGUUGAUUGGUCCCUACACUAGAAUUCAUAUACCCUUCAUAUCUAAGGAAUUGAAUAUAGACGAAAAGGAGGUGGAAAACUUACUAGUCACAUGUAUUUUAGACAACACGAUCAAUGGGCGCAUAGACCAGGUGAACUCAGUGCUGGAACUGACGCGGGGCGCGGACGGCGCGGUGCGGUUCAACGCGCUCGACAAGUGGACGUCACAGUUGGCAGCCCUGCACCGUGCCCUCGUCACCAAGAUGGCGUAGGCCAGGUGCGCUUAACAUUUCAAUGGCAUCUGACAGGGACUCUCAACAUUUCAAUGUACAUUUUCAGUAAUAGAAUUAUUAUGCAACAGCUUAGUCAGGUUUUUUGUAACAUUUUAUAUGUAGAGUUUUUUUUUAUUAUUUCAUCUAAUAAUUUGAAAGUAUACAAGUUUUGUAUCUCAAGUACCCAGUGAAAAGCCCAUUUGUAAAUUUCAUUUUAAACUUUUCACUCAUGUGUAAUAAUUCAUACUCUCAGUUGAACAAUUCUCGAAGACUAUUAUAACAUAAAAUAAC